AACAAGGCGGCGUGCGGCAGCUUAAUGAUAGAUUAGUGUCCAGUUGACCGUUCAGCUACAGUGACCUAUUUCUGUUUGUUAGUGGCUUUUUCUCUGUAUUUUUAACUCAACUGAUCUCCCAGAAACGAUGGAGCGAUAUCUUCGGUUCUAUAUCAAGUUUCAAGGCUACAUCAUAGCGAUUUGUACCAUUUUUGGAUCGGUGUUUAUGGGGUUUCUCAUUUACAGCAACAACAGUUUCCAUUACCCGCUGGAAGAAUUUUACGAUUACCGAUUUAUGGGAAGUGCGGGACUUCUGUUCGGGCUCAUUUGGCUGCUGAUCGGCGUCUCGAUGCUGUACGGGCUAAUUCGGGAGGACAAACGCUUCGUCUAUCCGUUUGUGGUGAUGUUUAUGCUGGAGCUGUUCCUGCUUCUGGCCCGGGAUAUGGCCCUCAUCUGGACCAACAAGAGCUGGUACCACAUGGUGUUCGUGAAUCCGGCCCUAGCGCUUAUUGCCUUAUUCAUCUGCGUCCACACGAUGAUGUCCCUGGUGGCCCUCGGAAAACUGUUCGAGCACGAUCCGUUGGCCCAAUCCGGAACCAACUUUGUCCGCUUCAAAACCACCGGCACCGGAGCUAGGAAUGGGGCCAACAAUCGAGGGGACGAAGAAGCUUCCGGCGAUGAGGUGUCCCUCGUUGAGUAAAAUGGAAACUGAUGUAUUGAUUGAUUGCUGCCUACUCCCAGCCCCAAAACACCCACCCACCUAUAAUAUGGUUUUCAAAAGAAAAUGGAGAAAUCUUCCCCGAGGGUUCCAAAUUUCUCCAUCGAAGGAGGGGGGAAACUCCUCAAACUUAAUACAUACAUAAAACGAUUAUUGCAGGCGAUAAUCUCGCGCCCCGUUAAGCGGAAAACUUUUCGAGAUUGGAUUGAUGAUGAUAGUGACUUCGAUUUGUGGAUUCGAUGCCAGUGAAUAUGAAUGGCGUCGAUUUUGUACCAGUCAGGGAGCAAAUUAAUCGAAACUUUGAGCGUAGCGCGAUGAUGUGAUAAUAACCAUGGAAUGAAAAGUGAUUGAUUGGCGGCCUUUUGAUGAAUGUUAAAUAUUCUCGGUAUUCAAAGCAACAUGACAUGACGGCAUGCGUUAUGGGCCGAUGAAUAGUUUUGUUCAAUAAUUACCGUGAAAAAAUGACUGAACGAACAACAAUUCUUUUCAAGAGGAGAUGAGAUCAGGGUGAAGUUUGUUCUAAAGAAAGGUUUUAAAUACAAUAUUCAAGAAAAAGUAUAAACAUUAAGAUACUCGUUGAAUAAAAAAUUCAUUAGCGUUAUACUAGAACAA